AUGGCGCCAGACAUUGCUAACAAGCUCAAAAAUACGCUGUUUCGGCGGCGGGGACGCCAGUCCUCAGUGUCAACUGAUGACCUUGAGUCGAUGUCACCCCCGACAACUCCUGGUGUCGCCACAAGCUCGCGGAGACCCUCGUUUCCAUUUCCACGUGAGCCCUCGUUUCAGUCUCUGUCAUUCUCUCAGGAGCUGAUGACGGAAGAUGCAGGAAUUGGAAUAGGAGGCUGCGGUGGGAGUGACGAUCUCAGCGACGCUGGUGACUCUGCUCAGACAAGCAACGACGCCGACCAGCAGCAGCAGCGUCCAAAACAGCACAAGCAUCAUCAUCUUUGGAAAGGGAGACGGUGGUCCAGGCAGGGAGUCGAUGCUGAGAAGCGACACAGCGUCCCCGAAGACGGCGCUGUCGACGAAGACAUGCCGCUGGCAUCUCCAGACAUACCGGUAUCACCAACAUCAGAAGUGCCGCCAACAGUAAAAGCACUCUCGCCGCUCCAGGAAGACCAAGACUUUGACAUCAAACCCGUUGAGAGCGAGAAAGAGGCCAAGGACGAGCACGGCAACGGCAACGGCAACGGCAACGGCGGCGACAAUAGUGCCAGCAAUGAGAACGUUAUGAGCAGCGGCAACAGCAUUAGCCACGGUGACAGCAACGACAAGGACAACGGCAGUGAGCAGCAACAGCAAGAUAUCAACCGCCCCAGCCCGGCAGCCACUACAGACAUGGAGACGGCCUCUGUUUCUGCAGCUUCGGCAGCAUCUGUUCUCACCACUGCCUCUGUCACCUCUGCUUCGACUUCUGCCGUUCUGCAGCAAGCCAUCAAAGCAGGAGAGCAGCAGCCACAGGUAUUGUUGCCAGCACUAGACCAGCAGCAGCUACAGCGCCCGCACCCGCUCCCGCCUCUGGCAGGGGGUCGCGCUGAGGACCAGACGCCGAGCCGAAGCCUAGACGGCCACGAAGCGAGCCGCCAUCAGCACCGGAGCCAGAGCCUGGACCAGACCCAGCUCGACGGACCAGGUUUGUCGGUUAUUAACAGCGACCAGGGAACCUCAUCCCAAGCUGGCACUACAAUCGCUGCCACGGCCGCUGCAGGCGCUAAUGCUGGCGCUGAUGCUGCUCGUAUUACGGCGGCCUCUGCUGCUGCCGAUGCCCCAAGUACAGGUACCACCAGCCCUGGCAGCGACGCCAGCGCCAGCACCAUUGUCUCUCCUGGCCCCGUUUCUGGCGAUCUGCAGCUACAGAGACAGCAGCAGAAACAAGCGCAAAAGCGCCCAGUGCCACCGUUUCCGCCCUCAACAACGCCGCCUCCUCUUUCACAAGCGCUUCCGGGUCCGGCACACAGCUUCUCUGCUCUUGCACCCCCCACGCCGAGUCUCGACAGCAUCGACGAGGACGAGUCGCAAUCGCAUUCGCAGCAAUCGCCCGCGCAGUCGCCGUCGCAGUCACCGUUGCAGCGACCGCCUCCAUCGCAAUCGCAAUCUCAUUCGCCACCGCUGCAGUCGCCCAGGUCCGAGACUCAGUCUCAAUCGCAGUCGCAGUCGCCAUUCCAGACGCGGCAGGAGCAACUGGUACCAGCCGAAUCAGAACAACAACAGCAGCAACAAACUGCUCUGCCGUCAACUGCAGCAGGAAUCCUAGAAGCCCAGCAUCUCGCCUCAGCAGCAGUUUCUGGUCGCGGCUCCCACGCUCCGUCCUCGCCUGACGCCGGUCAUGGCCCGCUGAAUCUGAAUCCCGCAUCGCCAUUGCCGCCCAUCGACGCUCAGCAAUUGCCGUUUCAGUCGCCCGUCACACCCUCGACAGCGCCCGAACCUCUCUCUGCGGCUGCAAUUUCCGCGACUUCGGUCUCGAAUCCAGCUGCUUCGACAUCUGCUGAAAAAUCUUCUGCCCUCAUCACAAACGCAUCCGCGCGACCUUCUGCACCGCCCCGUCGACCGAGUCGUGAUCCAAAUCUCGUCGUCACCUUUGACGAAUCUGUGCAGCAGUCCCCGUCUGCUAGGAAGAGAAGCAUCAGCAAGCAGUACACAAUCCUCAGCAACCGCGACGAUACUACAAAGUUUGCCGUUCCCUCGUCUGCCAACGCGCCUAGAACGCCAGGCACCGAAACCCCAGUUGCAGUCAUCGUCACCCCAAGCUAUCUCACGCCUCCCGUUGUUUCUGCCAACGCGCCUUUGCACCCCUCGCAUCUCAUCGAGGUGGAAACUACGUCAUCACUAGGCGACGACUUCGAGAACGGCAGCAUGGCCGAAGCUGCUGCGCGCAAGAUUUGGGUCACGAGGCCCAAUGCCUCUGCCACGCUUGUCACCAUCAACCCCAACGAUCUCGUUGACGAUGCACGCGACAUGAUUCUGCGAAAAUAUGCAAAUUCCCUGGGCAAGACGUAUGACUCGCCUGAUCUUACUCUUCGCCUCAAUACCCGCACCGGCGUCGUUCGUAUGAUGGGCCCUGAGGAGCACAUGGGCACCGUGAUGGAGGAGUUCUUCCCCAACGGACAGUCUGUUGACGAGGCCUUCAUCAUCGACAUUCCUCCCCGCCGCACUGGCACAACGCCCAGGCCCUCUCCACGGGCGCCGCUUCCUCCCAUUUCUGGUUCUGCUGCAGCCGCGUACUAUGCCGACGACGUGCGUCCGUCCGAGUCUGGCGAGGGAUAUUUUCCUCCAGUGGUCGGCACCGCGACGUCGCCCCGUCUUCCCACGAAGCACUCCAACGCAUCUCUCCCGCAUUCCAUGGCCGUUAUCAGCUCUGGCCACCUUCCUAACAUUCCGUCUCCUGGCAGCACCAGGCCUCGCGCGCAUAGGGAGCGCGACUCGCAGCGCCACGAUCGCCAAGACCACUCGCGAAGCGCUGGAAGAAAUCAUACUCCUUCGCCGAUCGUGCACAAUGGCGGCGUUGUUCCCAACUCCGCCGCGUACCAUCCUACGCGGCAUACCCACUCGCGAACGCAUUCAAGCUCGUCUGAGCACAUUGCGGCGCAUCCGAGUGGCACCUUGCCCAGAUCGCCGGGCCAUGAAAUCAUCGCUGCGGCACGAAUGGGUGCAGGUACUCCUCCCUCGCCUCCCCAGCGGCUGGUGUCUCCUCACCUGCCCGCUGCGCGCCCCAAGAAGAGCAAGAGAAGCCAGACGCAGCAGCAGGAAUAUAUACAAAACCCUCCUCAGCCCGCGUUGAAUGCCAAAGUACCCCCCAUCAGUGUCCUUAUUGUGGAAGACAACCCUAUCAAUUUGAAGCUGCUUGAAGCGUUUGUCAAAAGACUUAAGGUGCGAUGGCAAACGGCCAUGAAUGGUCGUGAAGCGGUCAAAAAAUGGAGGAGCGGCGGCUUCCAUUUGGUCCUUAUGGACAUCCAGCUGCCUGGCAUGAAUGGAUUAGAAGCCACAAGAGAGAUCCGCCGACUGGAGCGCAUCAACGGCAUUGGCGUCUUUUCCAACACGCCUGCCGAAGCCACACCCCCCGAAGAGCCGACCGAAGAGGAUCGCCUGGAGGGCCUGGCCAAGUUCAAGAGUCCCGUUAUUAUCGUGGCUCUGACGGCCAGCUCUCUCCAAAGCGAUCGACAUGAAGCUCUGGCGGCGGGUUGCAACGACUUUCUGACCAAGCCCGUCAACUUUGUCUGGCUCGAGCGCAAGGUCAUGGAAUGGGGCUGCAUGCAGGCACUCAUCGACUAUCAAGGCUGGCGAGAGUGGAAACAAUACUCCGCCAAGGCAGAAGCGAUGGAGGCUGCCAACAAGCGAGCGCAGGCGUUUAAGAAACAGUCGAAAAAGAAUCGCACUCAAAUGUCGGAAUCGUGA